CCCAUCUUUCUGCAGCCAGAGCCUCCUGUCAGGAACCUUUCCACCCAUCAAUGCACUGCCAAUGGGAUGUAUCCUUCGUUGUGACCUCAUGGUUUAAGCGGGCAUAAAGAUGAGUAUAAGCAGUGAUGAGGUCAACUUCCUCGUAUAUAGAUACUUGCAAGAGUCCGGGUUUUCUCAUUCAGCAUUCACCUUUGGUAUUGAGAGCCAUAUCAGCCAGUCUAACAUCAACGGUGCUCUGGUGCCCCCGGCUGCUUUGAUCUCCAUCAUCCAGAAAGGUCUGCAGUAUGUAGAGGCAGAAGUCAGUAUUAAUGAGGAUGGUACUUUAUUUGACGGUCGGCCGAUAGAGUCUCUCUCGCUGAUAGACGCCGUAAUGCCAGAUGUGGUGCAGACGAGACAGCAGGCCUAUAGAGACAAGCUUGCGCAGCAACAGGCGGCAGCUGCAGCCGCGGCCGCUCCUCCGAACCAGCAGGGGUCCACGAAAAAUGGCGAAAACACCGCAAACGGGGAAGAAAAUGGAGCCCACACCAUAGCAAAUAAUCACACAGAUAUGAUGGAAGUGGACGGUGAUGUUGAAAUCCCUCCCAAUAAAGCAGUGGUGCUGCGUGGCCACGAUUCCGAAGUAUUCAUCUGCGCUUGGAACCCCGUUAGCGACCUUCUGGCCUCAGGAUCAGGAGAUUCGACGGCAAGAAUAUGGAACCUUAGCGAGAACAGUACCAGCGGAUCCACGCAGCUGGUCCUCCGGCACUGUAUACGAGAAGGGGGCCAAGAUGUACCGAGCAACAAAGACGUGACGUCCUUGGACUGGAAUAGUGAAGGUACGCUUCUAGCAACGGGAUCAUAUGAUGGAUUUGCAAGGAUAUGGACUAAAGAUGGUAACCUCGCCAGCACGUUAGGGCAACAUAAAGGUCCCAUAUUUGCAUUAAAAUGGAACAAGAAAGGCAAUUUCAUUUUAAGUGCAGGCGUGGACAAGACCACAAUUAUCUGGGACGCACACACCGGAGAAGCUAAGCAGCAGUUUCCUUUCCAUUCUGCACCAGCAUUAGAUGUUGACUGGCAGAGCAACAACACAUUCGCCUCCUGUAGCACAGACAUGUGCAUUCAUGUCUGUAAGUUAGGCCAAGAUAAGCCCAUCAAAACCUUCCAGGGCCAUACGAAUGAAGUAAAUGCAAUCAAAUGGGAUCCCACUGGUAAUCUUCUGGCAUCGUGUUCUGACGACAUGACUCUGAAGAUCUGGAGUAUGAAACAGGAUAGUUGUGUCCACGAUCUACAAGCACACAACAAAGAAAUUUAUACUAUCAAGUGGAGUCCUACAGGGCCUGGAACAAACAACCCUAAUGCCAAUCUUAUGUUAGCAAGUGCAUCCUUUGACUCUACAGUUCGGUUAUGGGAUGUAGACAGAGGGAUCUGCAUCCACACUUUGACGAAACAUCAAGAGCCUGUGUACAGUGUAGCUUUCAGCCCUGAUGGCAGGUACCUGGCCAGCGGCUCCUUCGACAAAUGUGUACACAUCUGGAAUACACAGACGGGUUCUUUAGUUCAUAGUUAUCGGGGAACAGGAGGCAUUUUCGAGGUUUGCUGGAACGCGGCAGGAGACAAAGUUGGAGCGAGCGCUUCAGACGGUUCAGUUUGUGUACUAGACCUCCGGAAAUAGCGCUACUAGUUGGAAGCCAUGGACCGACUAUGAAUGUGUACAUAGCCAAAAUGACUGUCCCCUUGACCCAUGUACUGCUAUAGUCCCAACUGAACCAUGGCCAGUCCACUACAGCCAAACCCGAAAGAAUUAUAUACAUAUACUGUAUAUUAAAAAGCAAAAAUUUUUUAGAAAAAGAUUACACCCCGAAGAAGAUGAUGACAGAGUUUUGUCACAGCUUGUGAAGCCUGUUCACCAAGUGCUGGAAUCUGCUGUGUCCCCCCCCCCUUCCCCUCCCCUCCCAAAAUAACACGUAGGCAUUUUGGAAAUGGGGGGAAAACAAACCAUCCAGGACAAGAGAGAGAGAAACAUGACUGUACAAGAACAGACCAUUCAGUGUACCAAAAGCUACAGAUUUUGUUUUCUACUCCGCUAUUCCCCUCCGCCCUUUCUAAUGCUUUGAAAGAUUGGAGUUUGGGGUUUUUCCCCUUCUUUUUUGGCUCCCCUCCCCCCUUUCAGUAGGUGAUGAGCAGUUUAUCGUGUACAGGGGGGAAAUGGACUCGCCUGCUCCUGCAAACAUUAGUUUGUUGCUUGCUUUUUAAAACCUCUUCCUCUCCCUGCCCCAGUCAACCCUGUAUGGUUUCUGUUAAUGCACAAAGCAAAAAAGGCGUGAAUCGUUUUCUCAGCGGCGGUUCUUUUGAUGCAGAAUUGAAGGAGGGGGAAGAAAUUUUGCAGUAGUCCUUUGAAUGCAUUAUUUUUAAAGUCGCAGGCAUCUGGAGCGCGUUGCAGACGUCAACGCACGGCUUAGUCGGGAAAGGGCGGGACGGAAAGCAGGACCGUUUGAAGAAUGACACUGCAUCUUUCCUUUAAGCUGUAAGAUGUGUUUUUCACAGCCUGCAGGGUGGGUAGAUUCUCUAUGAUGUCAACAGUCCCCCGAAAGCUGUCAUUUCUUAUUGGAGGCACAGUUCUCCCAAGCAGAACAUUUAAAAGGAGGCAAGAAUAAGCAGAGGGGGAACAAUAGGUUUUAGGCAGAUCUGGGAUGGCUGAGUAGCAUCAUGCCCCCUUCUCAUGGUAUAACCAUCCUCCCAUGAUGUUCAAGCACUAGAGUUCAUGUCUGCAUACCGAGAUUCCAUUUUGUAUGCCUGAACCUAUAGAAGGGUCGGUGUGCUAUGGGGCAUGAGUAACCUCAGUUCCCCCACGGCAGAUGUGCCACAAACAUCAGAUGCCUACAGUAUCAAAGGAUUAUAUAUAUAUUUUUGUCUAUUCCUUUGAAUCCAUAGAGCUUCAGCUGUGAUUCAGGUGCGCGCACUACUGCGAAAAGAAAUGCCACAGUGGAGAAGGGGGAAAAUCGUUUGGUUCAUGUUUAAAUACUCCUGCGUGAGCUUCGCUGCCUCAGCUUCUGUUACCUGUUCUGAAAUCGGCGGCGCUUAGAUGUCUAGCACGACCAAAUUCCAAAUUAAAAGGGUUUUUUCCCCCUCUUUCCUUUCUACAAAACUAACUUUGGUGUCUCUUUCCUAAUACUUUCAUAAAGAGACAAGAAGUUUAGUCCCUAAAGAUCCAAUGGAAAUGAACUGGGGGUGGAAUGCAGUGUCUACUCAAUAAGGCUUUCAUUGACAAAAGUGUCCAAUGACAGUGCCUCUUAGGUUUCAAAGGAAAGGGGGAAGGGGAUCUGCGCCCAUCAAAGGACUUGCUUCAAGUUUAUUUUAAUACUGAGUGAUUGAGCUUCUGUAAAACAAAACAAAAAAGUCUUGCACUAAUCUCACCCUGCUGCUCCCGUCUCCUAAUUUUUUUUGUAUGUGCUUGUGACAUUUAUUUUUCCUUCCACAUUUAGGAUAAGCAUACGCUGCUAUUUGUUUUUAGGGGAAGAAAUAUGGUCACUACUAUAUCGUCUCUUUGUUUCUGAUAACAAGUGUUGUUUUUCCUUUCUUCAUGGCCAGGGCCAUCACUGGCAAACAGUCAUUUACUUACAUGACUGAUUAAAAGGAAUACCAUUAGCAGGGUCGUUUCAGUAAAAAUAGCGCGAAGGUGGACUUUGGCCAAUAUUCUUGUUGCAUCACGUUUCCCGCAGCUGUUGAUUUUUCGUAAAGGAAGGUUGUCUGGUUUUUAACAUUUCGCCCAGUUUUUACUUAAAAGAGCGAUUUUAUAUUCAGUAGCUUUGCAGAAGAUUUUAUAUCGCCGUCGCAGUGUCAGUGAACUGGUUCACAAAUGCCGUACUUAAAAAUCUCGGUUGUUUUCCUCUCUGUAGUUGGAUUCGUGCAUUGCAGAGUACGCGGUGCUGCCUUGGAAAAUGGCAAAUCUUGUGUCAAGCUACUCCCUCCUCCUCCGCAACGCCUAAUUCAAUAUCACCUAUUUCUGACUGGGGAGGGCAGGGGAAACACCCAUUUGUAACGGCGCUCUGUAAGUUGAAGUAGACACUGUGGGGGCGGGGGUGUGACACAGAGCUGCCAUUUUCAGCAGCAGUCCCAUGUCCUUCCGUAAUGUGCAACUUCUGCCCUAUUUUUAUAGCUCCCUGUAAAUUCAGCUAACGUGGAGAAAACAUCUCAUCAUCCUUUUUCAACCAGGCUGUCCUUUCAAUAUAGAUCUCUUAUUUCCACAUCCAUGAAAGCCAGUCACAUUCAGCCCUUAAAGCACGGUAACCAUUUUAGCCUUUUAAUAUGCACACCCCAGUUAUUAUGAAUGGGGUAUUAUACUCUUAUACAGACCAUUGUGAGGAAAACAAAAGGACGAUUCGUAUCUGUUAGGGGCACUCAUCUGUUAUGGUUCUGUACUAGCCAUUUGUAGAGUUUGGGAAUAGGCUCAAGAUGUUCAGGACAGUUUCCCUGUGAAUUACAAUAUGUAAGUUGAGUAUCUGGCACUUGAAAAUCUUGCUUUUUAUUACUAGAGGUUCAGGACUGUGGCUGACCUCUGUCAUUAUUAAAAAAAAAUUAAAAGUUUUUAAAAAUAUAAAAAUAAAAAUCUGUGCAAUAAUUUUAAACUCUGCUCCCAGGAAUAGACACAAAUGUGUGUUUUGUUUUGUUUUUUUUAAAGUAUAUUUAAACAGCAGUUUUCCUUUAGCAACACUUAUGUCAAUUGCACUGAAUUUAAAUUUUCGAAAGUCAGAGGCGAUUCUUGAUAGUACUUUUGUAUUUUGAUACGGACAGUCUGUUCAGGUUUUUCCCCCCAUACGAGCUAUUGAACAGCUGUUUCAGAGGAACUUGGGCAGGGGGAAGAGAUGGUGUUGAAUUCUUUUGACACAGCUACAAAUAUUCCACAGCAAUGUUCACACUUCUGGGUUUGCAAUUUUUAGCUGCUUUUGUUUGUGACUUUGAUUCUAGCCUUUUAAAUAUGAUAACAGCAUGUUAAGAAGAUGUUGAAGCUUCAUUAUCACCAAAUCCUGGGCUUGUUUCCCCUCUUUCCUCCACCCCUCCCCCAUUUUUACUUUAGCAUGAUUCAGGAUCAUCACAGCUGGGCCAGAUCCUCAACCUGUCUCUUGGGAGAGGAGGGAAGGAUUCUGAACUUCAGAGUCUCCCCCCAAACAUGAGGCUUCUCUGUGUGAGUUAAGCAUCUGAUCUACAACCCUACGCCCAGCUCUGUGUGGUUAAUCCCAGCUGGAGGCACUGGCUGUCGUGAGCAUACACCGUGGAGUGCAGGAUUGUAAGCCAGGGCUACACCCCAGAGAAGCCAAUUUUCCAGAUACAUUUGCAUAACAGGACCCGCCGCCGCCGCCACCUCAGCUUAAUAAUGUAAGUCAGUUUGGGGAACAGAGUUGGUGCAGCUUUUGUGAUCUUUUUGCGGAAGGGUGUGGGACACGUGAGAGAUGAGAAAGAAACCCCCACUGCCUUUGGAGAAGUGGGGGGUUUGGACUCCAGCCUACACAAGUCCUUUUUUCCCCCUGCUCUCCUUUAGCCAUGUGCCACAGUGCUGCUCCAGUUCUGGUCAGGCUUCCUCUCCUCCUUCAGUAGGAGUUGCGAAAUAUCGAAUAGGCCUGAAGAAACGUCUCUAGUGCCAAUUUUGUUGUAUGCUGAAGAGCAGUGGGACGGGACACGAUCAUUUCUAUCACCCCUACUGUGAUCCACUCGCCACCAUCUUUGAACUGAACCGUUGUGAAGGGGAGACAGUGUUUCCAGUGCAGUGUUUUCCUCAAAUACAAAUGGUCUGAGGAUAUCCGAAGGGACCAGUGGGCUGGAGGGGAAGUGCUUAAUCUUCCCUCGUUUCCUCAUUCUCCCUUACAAAUGCUCACACACCUUGGUUUCCCCCAGCCAGGUGUCAGAAAAUGGAAGUCAACCCAGCUGGGUGAAAACCAACCUUCGAGACAUUUGCAGGGGAGAACUGGCAAACUUCUAGAGGGUUUACGGAUCCCUUUCACCCAUCUCUGUAUGUGACUUUACCAUUUUGAUGUCUUGCUAAAUACAGGUUUGUUCUGCAUUUUUGAAGUAAAAUCCCUGAGCAGAUUGAAAAGGCCACCAUGACCGCAGCUCCUUCUUACAAAGCAUUUUCUGUUGCACGUUAAUGGCACUUGGAAGAUUCCUUUUUGCUGCCAUUCAGUUCCACUUAAUGACAGGACUCUGUGGAGCGUGAAAGGUUAAGUUUGUGUGCUAAUGUGGAUUUCGAAGCAAACAUGUUUAUUUUCAAUCUUGGUGAACUGUGAUUGGCAGAGAAAGUCUAGACCUGGUCUGGAGAAUCCAGAAUGGGUUGGCGUUAAUAACUUGAUGAGAAAUGGAUGCCAGCCACCUUUCCAGAUAAUUUCUGUCCUUCUGGCUCUGCCCAAUCCCGCCAUCUUGAAUUUCUCUGUUAAUGGUUUCCCCCCAUUUAAAAACAACAACAACUCAUAGUCAUAGGAGUAAUUUAAGUUGCCAUUCACACCAAUGAAAGAAAGGAAACUCAUUACCCAAAUAGGAAGGCGUUUGAAGGGGAAAGGGAGACGGGAAGAGGCCUGGAAUAUUUCUGCUAAACCACUGUGAUGAUGUCAUGAAACAGCAUGGGUAGAGCUUUUUGCAAAACAGAUUAGGAGAGAGUGUUUUGUAGCUUCAGGCCCUGAGGAUGCUAGCAGAGUUGCAAAUCAGGAUGGCUGUGGCAUUGUUUGUCUGCAGGUAGCCCUGCUGCUGGCUAGGAUAGCAGAAUAAAGACUUCUCUCCCAUGGUUGUCAGUAACCAUGUAAGUGUGUUAGUGGGUGUUUGAAAUUGACUUAUGGCACCUGCAAUCCCAAAACUUGCUAGGACAACUGAAAUGUAUAGCGAUUGAUGCUUACUUCUAGAUUACUGUGCUUAUGUGCAUAGCAUAUCAUUCCGUGUGAGAAAACUACUUGCACCAAUUCACGUCUAAAUAAAUUAAUUGAAAGUCACUGAGGCUUUUUUAAAAAAUUAACCUAGAUACAACUGUGGAGACAGACCAAAGAACCAUACCCGUUUUAAUUUUAGUUCCUAACUGCUUUUCUACAUGGCUUAGAUCCUGGCAGGAUAUUUCAGAAGACAUCAAUAUCUUUAGAUAUCCUUUAAGUUUGGGAACACAAGUGGAUAAAAAUGGGAUAGUUUUAUGCAUCUUCUUGCUUUGUGGCUGGCAGAUGAGUACAUUUAAACCCUUCCUGGGGGAGAAAUUACAUCAUGCUGCAAACGGAGCUUCAUUUUGUUACUGUUUUUUUAAAGAAAGGGGUCUUUCUCUGCUCAGAAGUCCUGCUGAUAUUUAAUUAAUUUCAAAGGGAAAUGAACAUUGUGGCUUUAAUAUUUCCCCAAAAUAUAAGAGAGAUCCUUAUGUUAUUAAUGCAGUACCACGGUUGAUCUUCAUCAGAGGCAAAGCAAUUGAAUCUGGAAGCAAUG